AUGAGGAGACUGGCUUUUCGAGGUGCUGGUUGUACUCUGGUAAAUCUGAAGAAGUUGGAUUCCAUGGGUUCCAAGAGGCGAAGAGCUACCUCGCCUUCCAGCAGCGUCAGCGGAGGAGACUUUGAUGAUGGACACCACUCCACCAAUAUACCAGGCCCAAGCAGAAAGAGGAGGAGACUUUCCAAUCUCCCAACUGUAGAUCCUAUUGCUGUAUGCCAUGAACUUUACAACACCAUCAGAGAUUACAAAGAUGAACAGGGCAGGCUCCUUUGUGAGCUUUUCAUUAGGGCACCGAAGCGAAGAAAUCAGCCAGAUUAUUAUGAAGUGGUUUCCCAGCCAAUUGAUUUAAUGAAAAUCCAACAAAAGCUAAAGAUGGAGGAAUAUGAUGAUGUGAAUGUGCUAACUGCUGAUUUUCAGCUUCUCUUUAACAACGCAAAGGCUUACUAUAAGCCUGAUUCUCCUGAAUAUAAAGCUGCCUGCAAAUUAUGGGAGUUGUAUUUGCGUACAAAAAAUGAAUUUGUUCAAAAAGGUGAUGCUGAGGAGGAAGACGAUGAUGAGGAAGGACAUGACAAUCAAGGAGCACAUUCUGAAUUAUCAUCUCCAGGUUACCUGAAGGAAAUUCUUGAACAGCUUCUUGAAGCUGUAGCUGUUGCCACAAACCCAUCAGGACGCCUUAUAAGUGAACUCUUUCAGAAACUUCCUUCUAAAGUGCAAUACCCAGAUUAUUAUGCAAUAAUAAAGGAGCCCAUAGAUCUUAAAACUAUUGCCCAAAGGAUACAGAAUGGAACUUAUAAAAGCAUUCAUGCAAUGGCCAAGGAUAUAGAUCUCCUGGCAAAGAAUGCCAAAACCUACAAUGAGCCUGGAUCACAAGUAUUCAAGGAUGCAAAUGCGAUUAAAAAAAUAUUUAAUAUGAAAAAGGCUGAAAUCGAACACAGUGAAUUGGCCAAGUCAAGUCUCCGAAUCAGGACUCCAUCAAAUUUGACUGCUUCCAAGCUGACAGGUCCUUCCUCACAGGGUAAAGGCAGUGUUGGUGAUGAGAGAAAUUCUUCUAACAAAUAUUACCGUAACAAAAGAUCAGCCCAAGGGGAUCGUUUAUCAGCAAUAACCAUGGCUUUGCAGUAUGGAUCAGAAAGUGAUGAGGAUGCAGCUUUGGCUGCUGCUGCUCGUUAUGAAGAGGGAGAAUCUGAAGCCGAGAGCAUUACUUCUUUCAUGGACACUUCUAAUCCUCUUUAUCAGCUUUAUGACACAGUUAGAAGUUGCCGGAAUAAUCAAGGCCAGCUCAUAUCUGAACCCUUUUUCCACUUGCCCUCCAAGAAAAAGUAUCCUGAUUAUUAUCAGCAAAUUAAAACACCUAUUUCCUUGCAGCAGAUCAGAACCAAGCUGAAGAACCAUGAAUAUGAAACUUUAGAUCAGCUGGAGGCUGAUCUGAACUUGAUGUUUGAAAAUGCCAAGCGCUACAAUGUUCCCAAUUCUGCCAUCUAUAAAAGAGUGCUGAAAAUGCAGCAGGUUAUGCAGGCAAAGAAGAAGGAGCUUGCUAGGAGAGAUGACAUUGAGGAUGGAGACAGUAUGAUUUCUUCAGCUACAUCUGAUACUGGAAGCUCAAAAAGGAAAAGUAAAAAGAAUAUACGAAAACAACGAAUGAAGAUCUUGUACAAUGCAGUUCUGGAAGCUCGAGAACCUGGCACAGGCAGACGGCUCUGUGAUCUGUUUAUGGUUAAGCCAUCCAAAAAGGACUAUCCAGACUAUUAUAAAAUCAUCUUGGAGCCAAUGGACUUGAAAAUGAUAGAACACAACAUCCGCAAUGAUAAGUAUGCAGGGGAAGAAGCCAUGAUUGAAGACAUGAAGCUCAUGUUCCGAAAUGCAAGGCAUUAUAAUGAGGAAGGCUCCCAGGUAUACAAUGAUGCCCAUAUGCUGGAAAAGAUCCUUAAAGAAAAAAGGAAAGAACUGGGACCCUUGGCUGAAGAUGAUGAUGUUGCAUCCCCAAAACUAAAGCUAAGUAGAAAAAGUGGCAUUUCUCCUAAAAAGUCGAAAUACAUGACUCCAAUGCAACAGAAAUUGAAUGAGGUGUAUGAAGCAGUUAAGAAUUACACGGAUAAACGAGGCAGGCGACUGAGCGCCAUCUUCUUGAGGCUGCCAUCUCGGUCUGAACUUCCUGACUAUUAUGUAACCAUUAAAAAGCCUGUUGACAUGGAAAAGAUCAGAAGUCAUAUGAUGGCAAAUAAAUACCAAGAUAUUGAUUCUAUGGUAGAGGACUUUGUAAUGAUGUUCAAUAACGCUUGCACAUAUAACGAGCCAGAAUCUUUGAUUUAUAAAGAUGCCCUGGUCCUGCAUAAAGUUUUGCUUGAAACUCGUCGAGAAAUAGAAGGAGAUGAGGAUUCACAUGUACCCAAUGUCACUUUGCUAAUUCAGGAACUUAUCCAUAACCUUUUUGUAUCUGUUAUGAGCCACCAGGAUGAUGAGGGAAGAUGCUACAGCGACUCCUUAGCUGAGAUACCUGCUGUUGAUCCCAACUUCCCAAAUAAACCUCCUCUGACUUUUGAUAUUAUCCGAAAAAAUGUUGAAAAUAAUAGAUAUAGAAGAUUGGACUUGUUCCAGGAGAAUAUGUUUGAGGUACUAGAGAGGGCAAGGAGAAUGAACAGGACUGAUUCAGAGAUUUACGAGGAUGCGGUCGAACUUCAACAGUUCUUCAUUAAAAUUCGAGAUGAACUUUGUAAGAACGGAGAGAUUCUUCUGUCACCUGCUCUCAGCUAUACCACCAAGCAUCUUCACAACGAUGUAGAAAAGGAAAAGAAGGAAAAGCUGCCCAAAGAAAUAGAGGAAGAUAAGCUCAAAAGAGAGGAGGAGAAGAGAGAAGCUGAAAAGAGUGAAGAUUCUUCUGGAUCAGCUGGGCUGUCAAGCUUGCAUCGGACCUACAGCCAGGAUUGCAGCUUCAAGAACAGCAUGUACCAUGUAGGAGAUUAUGUGUAUGUGGAGCCUGCUGAAGCCAACUUGCAACCUCACAUAGUCUGUAUUGAGCGGCUGUGGGAAGAUUCAGCUGGAGAGAAAUGGCUCUAUGGCUGUUGGUUUUAUCGACCAAAUGAAACAUUUCAUCUUGCAACACGAAAAUUCUUGGAGAAAGAAGUUUUUAAAAGUGACUAUUACAAUAAAGUUCCUGUUAGCAAAAUUUUAGGCAAAUGUGUGGUCAUGUUUGUCAAGGAAUAUUUUAAAUUGUGUCCUGAGAGCUUCAGAGAUGAGGAUGUCUAUGUCUGCGAGUCACGUUAUUCUGCAAAGACAAAAUCUUUUAAAAAAAUUAAACUGUGGACUAUGCCUGUCAGCUCUGUAAGAUUUGUCCCACGAGAUGUGCCCCUGCCUGUAGUCCGUGUUGCUUCUGUGUUUGCUAAUACAGACAAAGUAGAUGAGGAGAAACACGCUGAAACAUUGGAGGACAGUAAGGUGGGAGAAAGUAUCCUUCAUCUUGAAAAGGACAAAGAAGAUGUUCCAGUAGAAAUGUCCAAUGGAGAACCUGGUUGCCAUUACUUUGAACAGCUUUGCUACAAUGAUAUGUGGCUUAAGGUUGGGGACUGUGUCUUCAUAAAAUCACAUGGGUUAGUGCGACCUCGAGUAGGAAGAAUUGAAAAGAUGUGGGUGCGAGAUGGAGCUGCGUAUUUUUUUGGUCCAAUCUUUAUACAUCCUGAAGAAACUGAACAUGAACCAACUAAAAUGUUCUACAAGAAGGAAGUGUUUUUGAGUAACUUGGAGGAGACCUGUCCAAUGACUUGCAUUUUGGGAAAGUGUGUGGUUCUGUCAUUCAAAGACUUCCUCUCCUGCAGACCAACAGAAAUCUCUGAAAAUGAUGUUUUCCUUUGUGAGAGCCGUUACAAUGAAAGUGACAAACAAAUGAAGAAAUUUAAGGGGCUGAAGAGGUUUUCACUCUCUGCAAAAGUUGUAGAUGAUGAAAUAUACUAUUUUAGAAAACCCAUAGUUCCUCAGAAGGAACCAUCUCCACUACUGGAAAAGAAGAUUCAGCAGCUGGAAGCAAAAUUUGCUGAGUUGGAAGGAGGUGAUGAGGACAUGGAAGAGAUGGGAGAAGAGGAAGGCGAUAUGACUGAAACACCAUCUAUGCCUCAGCUUCAGACCCCGUUAGCUAGUGAAUUGGAUAUAAUGCCUUAUACUCCACCACAGUCCACUCCCAAGUCUGUUAAGGGCAGCACCAAGAAGGAGGGAUCAAAAAGGAAGAUCAACAUGAGUGGGUACAUCUUAUUUAGCAGCGAGAUGAGAGCUGUGAUUAAAGCUCAGCACCCAGACUACUCCUUUGGAGAGCUCAGCAGGCUUGUAGGAACUGAAUGGAGAAACUUGGAAGCAACAAAGAAAGCAGAAUAUGAAGAGCGGGCAGCUAAAGUUGCUGAGCAGCAGGAGAGAGAGCGAGCAGCACAGCAGCAGAAUUCCUCCCCCCGGGCAGGCACUCCUGUCGGGGCUCUUAUGGGGGUGGUGCCGCCACCAACACCAAUGGGAAUGCUCAAUCAGCAGUUGACACCCGUUGCAGGCAUGAUAAGUGGCUAUCCACCGGUGCUGCCACCUUUGCAGGGCCCAGUUGAUGGCAUUGUUAGCAUGGGCAGCAUGCAGCCACUUCACCCAGGGGUGCCCCCACCCCACCAACUUCCGCCAGGUAUGCCAGGCAUCCCAGGCAUCCCACCACCCGGUGUUAUAGGCCAAAAUGUGUCCCCCAUGGUAGGGACCCCAGCGCCUGGAGCAGGUCCUUUUGGACAGCAGAUAGGAAUCCUUGGCCCACCGGGACAGCAGGCACCCCCUCCAUAUCCCGGGCAGAGCCCAGUGAGUCAGCCAGUUAUGCAGCAGCCCACAACUCCCAUGUUCGUCUCCCCUCCACCAAAGACACAGAGGCUUCUUCAUUCUGAAGCCUAUCUGAAAUAUAUUGAGGGGCUUAGUGCUGAAUCAAAUAGUAUUAGCAAGUGGGACCAGACCCUUGCAGCACGAAGACGAGAUGUCCACUUAUCAAAAGAACAAGAGAGCCGACUCCCUUCACACUGGUUGAAAAGUAAAGGGGCUCAUACCACAAUGGCCGAUGCGUUAUGGCGUCUGCGAGACUUGAUGCUACGAGACACCCUUAAUAUCCGUCAGGCGUACAACAUAGAAAAUGUUUAGUCGCAUAAUUGCUUCUUUCUUUGAUACUGGCAUAUAAGGAGUAAGGAGUUUUGUGGAACAAUAGCUGUUUUAGUUACUGGGUGGGAAGAGAUAACCAACAAUAAUUUGUAUUGCAUUUUACUGUACAUUGCAAGACCAUUUUUAUAUAAGGACACUUUUAAUAAGCAUAUUUCACUUUUUGUUAUAUUAAGUUGACUUUAUCAAAUACACGGAUUUUUGCAUAUGUUUCCUUUGUUUGAAAGGCGAUUUCAUAAUUGGUUAAGUGUAGUCAAGGAUUCAUCUUUCUUAUACUUUAUUGCUGAGAAUAUGAUGCCAUUGUUUUUAUAUAAAAGAAGAAAAAUGAAAACAAAAGUAUUUACAGAUUGAUACAGUGGAAUGUGAAAUUAGUCAUAGUUUACAUCUUAGAAGAAUGUGUGUACAUGUGCUUGUGUGUGCUAGCCACUUCCAGCAGAAAUCUCACUUGGAUGUGAACAGGGAGGAUCUCUUAAAAGAAGUUAAAGGUAAGAUGUGCAUUGACACUAGGGAAAAACGACAUUUCAAGUCGAUACCAAGGCAGCUGACUGGGCCAUAGCAAUCAUGGAAGUGCUAGUGUGGACGGGUCAAGGGUGUCUUGACUGCUAAUGUUGUCCAAUCCUGUCCAGUUAUUUAAUUGUGUAGCCAAGGCCAUUGUGAUCCUAAAUCAGUAACAAAAUACAUGUGCUGGCAUGCCCUUAGAAGGUGAAAUGUUUCAUCUACCAUGACCUGCUAUGGGGGUUCUGUGAUGUCCCUAACACCGAGCAGUGGGAAAGGGACACUUUCUCCCUAAGCAAUUCUGUCUGCAUGUAGGAGAGACAUGCAGAACUUCAAACCAGUUCAGGUCUUGGAAGGUAAGUUAGAGGAGAAAGAAAUUUGUUAGUGAAGUAACAUGAUGGUUUUUAAUUAACACAUGUUCUGUUCAUGAUUGGGCUUUGUAAGACAUUUUUGUAUGCUUCUUUUAAGUGUAUUGUUUCACCUUAAUGAAAGUUUUGCAAUGCAAAAUUUGGGAGAAAUUUGACACUUUGAAGUAAGAUACUACUGUAUGGUAUGUGUAAGUUCAGCAUACCUAGUACGCUGGAGAAAGAGUACUUUCAUUGCAGC